GCUCUAUAAUGAUAUGAAUGUUUGUGUCUCGAACAUGAUUAUCAUUAUCCGUUACAAAGUACAAACUGAUCUCUAGACAAUAGGCCCAAUAUUGCUUCAGCCCAAUCACCGAUUCUAAUCAGGUUCCAUUCAUCACUCUCUCUAGAGACUGUGUUUGUGUGCGCGCGCUUGAGGGAGAUAGAGAUGGAAGAAGGAGAUGGCAAAAGUGGUAAUGCUGAUUCACCCACCAAUUCACAGAAAACUGUUUCUGAUGAUGAAGAGAUUGAUUACACCAUCAAACCAGAGUUUUAUGAUCCUGAUCUUGAUGAUAAGAAUGAAGUGUGGAUUCAUAAAAAAAGACAUGGAGCUACCUCUGAUGCUGUGCUUAGCUGCCCUGCUUGCUUUACUACUCUCUGCCUAGAAUGUCAAAGGCAUGAAAAUUUUUUGACCCAGUAUAGGGCAGUAUUUGUUGUCAACUGCAAGAUUAAGGAUGACAAAGUUGUAAAACAAAAUAUUUCAAAAUCAAGAAAAAGAAAUAGAAGGACCGAAGGCAUUGAUGCGAGUGAUGCACAUUCAACUAACACGGAAACAUUCAAGCAAGUCUGCUGCUCUGUUUGCAUGACAGAGGUAGGUGCCCUUGAUGGAGAUGAGGUUUAUCAUUUCUUCAAUGUUCUCCCUAGUGAAUCCUGACUGAUUCAGAUGUAUCUGCUCAGUAGUGGUUAAAUUAUUUGAGUCUAUCAUUGUGCUGGUGUCUGAUUUUCACUAUCUUGCAAAAUAUCAAGUCAGAACUAGUUGGUCUUAUCAUCUAUAUGCUUUAGAUCCAAGAGAACACAAUUUAUCCACUCUGAAUAUUCAGCAUAUGUCAAAAUCCAUCUCUUUGCUAUUUGAGUUUCAUAA